AGGAGGAUGGCCGCGGGUGCUGGCGCUGGUGCGGACGGCAGUGCUGGGGGCGGCGGCGGCGGAGGCGACGGCAGCGGUCCCAGCAGCAGCAGCAGCGGGAGGAGCCUCCGUGAAAUGGAUGAAAAGAGGCUGCUGGAUCCAGGGUUGAAAGUGCAUAAAGGCCAUUGGGAUUAUACUCUGAAGAACCGGCAGAUGGAAUGCCUGAGUGACUGAAGAAAAUGGGUGCUAAUGCAUCUAACUAUCCUCACUCAUGCUCCCCGAGGGUAGGGGGAAACUCACAGGCCCAGCAGACUUUUAUAGGGACAUCAUCCUAUUCUCAACAAGGCUAUGGUUGUGAAUCAAAAUUGUAUAGCCUUGAACAUGGCCAUGAGAAACCACAAGACAAAAAAAAGAGAACCUCUGGCCUUGCCACCCUCAAAAAGAAGUUUAUUAAGCGUCGAAAAUCUAAUAGGUCUGCUGAUCACGCCAAGCAGAUGCGAGAACUCCUCUCUGGAUGGGAUGUUAGAGAUGUCAAUGCAUUAGUGGAGGAAUAUGAGGGAACUUCAGCCUUAAAGGAGCUUUCUCUACAAGCCAGUUUGGCUAGACCAGAAGCCCGGACAUUGCAGAAAGAUAUGGCUGAUCUUUAUGAGUACAAGUAUUGUACUGAUGUAGACUUAAUAUUUCAAGAAACUUGUUUUCCUGUUCAUCGUGCCAUUUUGGCAGCAAGGUGUCCAUUUUUUAAAACACUGCUUUCUUCCUCACCUGAGUAUGGGGCAGAGAUAAUAAUGGACAUCAAUACAGCUGGUAUUGAUAUGCCCAUGUUUUCUGCUUUGUUACACUACCUUUAUACGGGUGAGUUUGGAAUGGAGGACUCGAGGUUUCAAAAUGUCGAUAUCCUUGUUCAGCUUAGUGAAGAAUUUGGAACACCGAAUUCCCUUGAUGUAGAUAUGCGUGGACUUUUUGAUUACAUGUGUUAUUAUGAUGUUGUCCUUAGUUUUUCUUCAGACUCUGAGUUGGUUGAAGCUUUUGGAGGAAAUCAGAACUGCUUGGAUGAAGAGCUCAAAGCCCACAAGGCUAUUAUUUCUGCACGGUCCCCAUUUUUCCGAAAUUUAUUACAAAGGAGGAUACGGACUGGAGAAGAAAUCACAGACCGAACUUUGAGGACUCCCACAAGAAUUAUAUUAGACGAGUCCAUUAUACCAAAAAAAUAUGCUAAAGUAAUACUACACUGUAUGUACACUGAUGUGGUUGACCUCUCCGUUUUGCACUGUAGCCCCUCUGUGGGGAGUCUAAGUGAAGUUCAGGCUCUCGUUGCAGGGAAGCCAAACAUGACCAGGGCAGAAGAAGCCAUGGAACUUUACCACAUAGCACUAUUCUUGGAAUUUAACAUGCUUGCACAAGGUUUUUGAGAAAAAUGCCACACUGUAGAAGAACUGUAGAUUUUCUUAGAACUUUAACAACCCACAGCUAUUUUGACCUCAGAACAAAAUAGCUCAGAAUUAUCAACAUCUACAUGAAUAUUUCAGUGCUGGACAUUUUACAGAAGACUUUAAACUUUUUCUGGAUCAAAAAUGCAUUUUUAAUCUUUGGAAGAUGAAAUUUAUUUAUAACUUUCAUUCCAAAAUGGACUGCAUAUUGCAUUUGCCAUAUUUUUAAUCAUGAACAUGAUUACAUUUUAUUGAAUUAAAAAUCUGAUAGAGAAGCAACUGAACAAAAUGACCUAAUUUUUCUUUAGCAAUUUGGUCAGCUUCCAAGAGUGUGUGACUUGAAAUAAAUGCAAACUAGCAGACUCACUGUCCCCACUCACCCACCCAUUACUCCCUCUUCUCCUCCUCUCCAUUGUUCCAGUGUUGACAUUCUUUCUUCUGUCGCAGUUCAGUGGAUUUGGCAGUUCAUUUUACUUCUGUUUGUAAUUGUUUCCUCUUCAGCAGAUUAGUCUGAAUGUACUUCCUAGAGAAUAAUGGAACUAAGCUAAAGACCAUUAUCAACAGAUCAGAGUAGUAAAUGCAGGUUUCAGUUAAACAUACAACAGAUUAAAAUUAAUUUUAGCUUCUUGAAUGACAGUUAAGGGACUCUUGAGAUUAUAUGUCUGUAAUCAUAAUGAAAUAACAUUUUAAAACAAUUUUUACUUAAAGUCUGAGUUUUAAAGCAUAGUACUUGAUUGCAUAUUUUAUUUUCAAACAAACCAUUUUUUAUAAACUCUCCCUCUGGGCUUUGUUUUUCUUUUUCCUGGAGUAGAUUUGCCUUUUAUUGCUAAAUCUUCAAAUUCUAUCUAAACCUUUUAAGACCAAACUGACAUGCUACUCACAUACCUUGUUUCAUCCUAGUCAUUCCAAGUUAAAGAUAUUUUCUACUUCCUGACAACUUUCAAAACAUUUAUUUUUCUUAGUUUUUUUCAAUUUUCUAACUUGUUUGCAAUUACAUAUGCACCUGCUUCAUUUACUCUGUCACCUAGUGUAUUAUUAUGUUGUGUAAUAAGAGGUGGUCAUCUUUGAAUCACCCAAGAUCUUACACAGAGCUUUGCUCUUGCUAGACUCAUAUUUUGAAUUAUUUUUAAUACCUAUGAAAACUGAGUAACCUUUUUACAAAAAAGAAAAAGGGGGACUUGAGAGUGUGGUUCAGUGGUGAAAUGCUUUCCUAGUAUGCACAAGACCUGGAUUCGAUACCCAUUACUGCAAAAAAGGCAAGGGGUGUGUGUGUGUGUGUAAUGCUUAGCCCUAGAAGUUGCAAACAAAAUGAAAACACUUUAAUUCCAAUCCAGGAGAUAAAUUUGAAGUAUUUAGAGACAUAAAUUUAAAUAUAGUCUAAACAAUGUGUAACUGCCUUCUAACUCAGAAUUUUAAGUUACAUUUCAAAUAAAUUGUCUCAUCAGCUGUUUACUUGUUGUCCAUUGAUAUGAAGUAGAAUAUCAGUUGAAUUUUAAAUGACACUGUUUUGUUUGUUUUUGUUUGGAUUGAAUCCAGGACUUUGUGCAUUCGAGGCAAGCAUGCUACCAACAGAACUAUAUAUUCAGCCCACCACUGUUCAUAUUUGGAAGCCAAAAUAGUUUAAUCCAAGGUCAACCAUAACCUUUUGCACUAGUUUACAAUUUAGAUUAAAUAAUUAAUCAUGCAUCUAAAAUUCAGAAAUAAAAAUGUAUUUACAGUGAUUAUGACAAUGAUUUAUAUUCACAAUAAGUAAUAUAACUCAGCAUUAAAGUAACUUGGAAAUUCUUACUCUAAAUUACCUUUACUUGUUUAAUUUAUUAUGGGAAAAUAAAAUUGUAAGAAGUCGCCAUAUUUGUUUCCUGUCUGUUGAAAUGGAAUGUUCAUUCACCCCUGUUUAUAAACAUAAAAGACAAUACAUAUAAAUGAAUAGUAUGGCUUUUUAUAUGACUUUUUAAAUGUAAAUAUAUAUCUUGUGUCUUAUAGCCAUAACAAGAAGUGUUUCUAAAAUACGUACAGUUCACUUGUAGUAGAAUCUGUUGUGUUUCUUCUUUUUUUGGUACCGGCAAUUGAACUCGGGGGCACUCAACCACUGAGCCAGAUCCCCAGCCUUAUUUCGUAUUUUAUUUAGAAACAGGGUCUCAUUGAGUUGUUUAGGGCCUUGCUUUCGCUGAGGCUGGCUUUGAACUCAAGAUCCUGCUGCCUCAGCCUCCCAAGCUGCUGGGAUUACAGGUGUGCACCACUACGCCUGUCUGUGUUUCUUAUUUUUAUUUAAAAUUAUGUGGAAUUUAGUUAGAAGUCUUUUCUCAACAGUAAGCAAACCUUUUCUCUGUGAUAAUGAAAUUCCAAGGAUUGCUAGAAGGAAAAGGUAAAAUAGCAGGAUAUUUGUAAAUUUUUGAUACCACAUUUUAUUUUGAAUUAUUGAGAAACUGUCCUUCAUUAUACCUUGCACAUAUCACUAUUUAUAUACAACUUUCAAAUUAAAGUACAAUAGUUAAUUAACAUUCGUUGAUCAGAACUUUUGAUGUCAGUCUUAAAAUAAGACAUAGAGUAAGCUAAUUUUUAUAUUUAAGGUUACCAUUUAUUGAACAUCAUUGUUAUGUUAUUCCAGGGAAAAGAGAAAUGAAACAAAUAGGUUUUGAAUUCCACGAUGCGCUUAGCUUCAUGACAGGCACUUCACAUAUGUUGUUUCAUUUCCUCUUCAUUGCCCUGAGAAGCUUCGAAAAUGGGUUUUCCAUUUGUACAGGUUCUGAGAUAAGUAAUAGUGCUCCUAUACAAUGGUAUUUUGUAAACAUGAGCUUUGAAAUUAGACCUGUGUUCCAAUCCUGGCUCUGCCACACACUAACCAUAUAAACUCCAUCUGGGCUUCUCAAUUUGAGCUAGUUUCCUUAUAGAUGUGCAGGCACUGACCACUGUUGUGGCUCACAGUGGGAGGGCCUUCUCACAUGUGUUUUAAAAACCGACUUGUGUUAACAGUUCUGUAGGAGUUUUCUGUUGGUAAGAAUUGUUUUCUUUGCACAUAUUUGACAGCACAGUUCCAAGUAUAAAAGUUCACCAGAUUCAGACUCUUUAAACAUUCAGCCUCAGCACUUACAUGAUUACAGUUUUGAGGAACAUUCCAAUUUUGAUGGUAGAACAUCAUAAAAAAUGGUCCAUAGAGCAUUCCCAAGGUAGCAUAGGUAUUAUUUGGUAUAAACUCCCACUCUACUUUAAUUUGAUGCACUUAGAGCCCCCUUUUCUCUUAGAGAAAUGGCCUAAUUGUCACCUUUCUUAAAGUCAGUUUAUUUUGUAACUUGCCAUUGUCAAAUUUUGACUACUCUUGGGCCUUCCAGUGCAGAGGACAAAAACUAAUGGGAGUCCAAGAUGCGAGUUAUUUGAUAUUAAAUAAAAUAAGAUUGGGGGAGUAUACAAGUGACUAAGGUAGGAAAAUGACAGAAGGAGGGGCUGGAGUUGUGGCUCAGUGGCAGAGCACUUGCCUAGCAUGUGUGAGGCCCUGGGUUCUAUCCUCAGCACCACAUAAAAAUAAAAUAAAGCUGUUGUAUCCAACUACAACUAAAAAAAUAAAUAUUUGAUUAAGAAAAAAGACAAUGACCGAAGAAGGAAGACACUCUGGGCUUUUCAAACCCAGAAUUAUGGUACAAAGUUGAAGUUUCAGCUUUAAAAUCAAAUACUACUGUUAUCCCCUAAAAUAUCCAAAGGAUUCUGACCAAAUGUAAGCAGUCUGUCUACUUUUGGCUUUGGAAGUGCUUAGAAGAAAGUAUUUAAGACUCUAGAUGAGUAAUGAUCUUACUUAACUAUUACUGUGGGAAAGGCACUGGGCUGAACUUUUUUUUUUUUUUAAGGGAUACUUUAUUUGGUCUUUAUAGUGACCUAUGUGGUAGCUGCUGUCUUUUUCCCAUUUUAGAGAUGAGGAAGCAAUUGCCUACAUUGUUUUCUCCCCAAGGCUACUUCUGUUGACCAAAAGAUGGACUUGAAAGCAAAAAUAACUAAAUACCUACAUACACUCAGGAUCUGAGCUUCCACAUACAACUUGUACUUUCAAAGGCUUUAGAUUAUAUGUUUUAUAACAUUUAUAAAUAAACCAUCCUCAACAGCUCUAUGCCAAAACUUUAAAUUUGAGUUAAUUCAUUUCAACAGCAAUUUGUGCUUAUUGUUGAAAAAGUGGGAAAUGAUACAGAAAUAUGAUAUAAAGUGUAUUUUCACCCAUGACCACUGCUUUCCCCGGACUCUUAUCAAUGAUGCUCUGAACAGGGGUUUCCUUACAGAUCUUUGUGUGUGCAUGUGAGUAUGUGUUUCACAUACAUAUCUUGUUUUGUUUUAUAAAUAGCAUCACAAUAUACAUAUCACUCUGUCUUCUCUUGUUCAUAUUUAAUAAAUCUUGGAGAAAUUUUUUGUUGGUACAUUUAGAGCUUUUGGUUUUGUUUUGGUACCGUGGAUUGAACCCAGGGAUGCUUUGCCAGUGAGCUACAUCUCCAGCUCUUUUUAUUUUUUAUUUUGAAGCAGGAUCUCACUAAGUUGCUUAGGGCCUUACUGAGUUGAUGAAGUUGUCUUUAAAUUUUUCAGUCCUCCUACCUCAACCUCCCAAGUUACAGAGAUUACAGGUGUGUGUUAUGAUGCCCAGCUAGAGUUUAUUUUUAAUAACUAUAUUAAGUUACUUUCUAAAAAUUAUAAGCAAUAGAUGCACUAGUGGCUGAAUUCAGGCAGUAAUUCAGAAUAUUUCACAACUCCUAAUCUCCCUUCCAGUGAUAAGUACUGUUAACAAUACUACCUUUUUAUCAUUGUCUCCAAAGGACUGCUAAAACAUUGAGUGAUUAUAAACUGUCCAGAAACUACAUGAUUUUACAUUUUUUCAUAUAUUUCAGGGUAAUGACUAUCAGGCUCUAUUAUUAAAAUGAUGUGGGUUAGUAUGUCCCCCAAAAGGGGGAUGACUUUGUUUUAUUAAAAGACUUCAAGUUCUGUUGUAGUUCUUUGCACUAAAACAUUUUUAUUCACCUCAUACUUAGUAUUGAUGUAUAUUCAAAACUGCUGAUAAAUGUUUUACAUCUCAUAGUAUUUAAAGGUAAAUGUCCACAUAUCUGAAAGUGGCAGUAGAAAACCAAAAAUAUGUAAUGACAAAUCCUAUCUUUUUUUGUGGGGGAGGGGUAUUGGGGAUUGAACUCAAGAGCACUUAACCACUGAACCACUUCCCCAGCCCUUUUUUUGUAUUUUAUUUUGAGACAAGGUCUCACUGAGUUGCUUAGGGCCUCAGCCUCCCAAGCUGCUGGGAUUAUAGGCAUGCACCACUGGGCCCAGAAAAUCCCAUCAUUAUUUAUAACUACAAUGCACCAAUAAAAAAUCUAGAGAGGGGAAAAAAAUACAUUUAUACAUUUAGAUGUUUUUGUUUGUCUUUGUUUCUAAACAUAUUUCUCUUCAGCCUCAAUAGAAUUAGACCUUUACUAAGGUGAUUUUUUUUAAGAAUUUAACCUUUAUUUUAUUUGUUUUUUAUGUAGUACUGAGGAUUAAACCCAGUUCCUCACCUAUACUAGGCAAGCACUCUACCAUUGAGCUACAACCCCAUCCCAUGAUUUGGUUUUAAUAUUAGGUUUCUACUCAGUUUUCCUUACUAAUUGAAGUUUACUUCAAAGAGCAAUGCUGGAUUUUGAAACUGUGAUCCAUUACAAUGAUUCUAGAAAGUACAUGAACAUCACAUUGUUUUUCUAAAUCUAUUAACAUUUGAGCUUAUAUUUACUUAUGAAAGGUUUAGAAAUUUUCUUAAGCUAAACUAUAUGACUAAAUAGUUUUGUUAUCCUUAUACCUCAUUUUUUAGUAAAUUGAUAGUUUUUUUUUUAAUAUAAACCUGAAGUCUUCACUGGUGUGAAUACUACUUCUAAGCUAUUUUUUAGAUAAAUUGGAUUAAAUAGAAGUAAAUGAGACUGGGAGUAUAGUUAGAGGUGGAGCGCUUGCCUAGGAUACAAAAGGCCCUGGGUUCCAUCCCCAGCACUGCCAAAAAGUGGGGGGUGGCUUGAGGGGGGAGAUGGAUGCAAUGUUGUAAGUCUUAUUAUCAUAACAGGCCUAUAAACUUGAAGGAGGAGCUGCUGCGUGAAUUUUCAAGCAAAUAAAGGUAAAAAUGGGACAUUAUUGAAGCAGAAAAUAUAUAGCCUGUCAAUUCAUACAGGCCCCUUGGCAUAGAAUUACAUUAUGAAUUCCUGUAUUUUAUUUAUUCUGCAAAUACUUACUUAGCUCUUACUCUGUGCUAGGCCCUGAGGUUAAAGUAAUGGGUACAAUAGUCCAGUGGCAAGUACCAGCCAGCAAUUAUAGCAGAAGUGCCCUAAUGAAACAGGGUCCUAGAUUCUAGGAGAGCACCUAGGAGGAAGAGGAGUCCCAGACCCAGUGUGGAGAGUAGGGAUUGGAGAACAUCUUCAGAAACUUCCCAGAGAAGCAAGACCUGGAGAAAGAAUAGGAUUUAAGUAAAGAUUGGAGGUAAAAGGAGCAAGUCAGAUAGAAGGAACAGCAGCUUUGAAGGCCUGAAGAGGAAGGCACUUUGGGCUGGGAAAAAAAAAAAUGAGGUUGCAAAGAUAAGAGGGGUGGGUAAGAAGUGAGGCUACAGAGGCAAACAGGGCUAGAUGAUGUAAAGAACUUUGUAUGCCAUGGUGAAAUCAUAAAGCCUCAUCCUCCUGUGCAUGGUGGUGCAUGCCUAUAAUCUUAGCUAUUCAGGAAGCUGAGGCAGAGGAUUGAAAGUUUGAGGCCAACCUAGUCAACUUUGUGAGACCCUGUCUCAAAAUAAAAUUUUAAAAGAACUAGAAAUGUAGCUCAGUGGUAGGGCACUUAUCUAGGUUGUGCAGGCCCCAUGUUCAAUCCUAUCUACAGCAAGCUGUGUAGCCUGAUCACAUUUGCAUUUUCCGAAAGCUCCUUUGGCUACCAGAUUUAGAAACUGUAAGAAAGGUUCUAGAAAUCAUGGGUUUAAAAAAGUGCAUACUGGGCUGGGGUUGUGGCUCAGAGGUAGACGACUCGCCUAGCAUGCGAGAGCACUAGGUUCGAUCCUCAGAACCACAUAAAAAUAAACUAAAGAUAUUGUGUUCACCUCUAACUAAAAAAUAAUUAUUUUUUCCAAAAAAAGGUGCAUAAAAUUCUGUAAGCAGAUUAAAAUCUAUAAAUUAUAGGUCACUUUUUUUUUCCUUUUUGUUUGGAAUCACACUCAAGGCCUUGCUUGUGCCAGACAGGUGCUCUACUCCUGAGCUACAUAUCCAGCCCCUACUAAUUCUUUAAAAAGUUUUAUACUGUACUCACUUAUUCAGAAGAAUUUAUUGAGUAUCUGUUCCUUGCCAGCCACUGUGUUAAGCACCUUAUUCACAUUAUUCUCUUUAGAUAUUAUCCCACACAUGAGCAAAGGUUCUAUAACCUAGUUUACAGCUAGGAAGCGUGUGAGUGCCCCUUCUGACUCUGGAGCUGCUCUCAUUUGGGAUUAGAGGGAAUAUGUCUCCAAGAGACACAUUGUUGUAAAGUCAGCACAUGAUCAUGUAAGAGGUGACCAUCCAGGAGACGUCCAGAGUUUUCUGAAAAGCAUAAUCAUGGUUCUACCCCACUAAGUUCUAGACUUUUUCCUUUUUUAUUAUAAUAGAAAUAAGGCUACUAAUUUACUAUUUGUCACUAGUGGAAUGGUGGUUUAAGAAUAGUGAUCAUGCUACAGUUAUCUUUAUACCCAAGGUAAACCACCAUCUUCUGUUUUUAGAUAUAGAGGUAUAAAUCUACUGAGCUUUUCACAUACUGAGUAGAGUUUGUUGUGUGGUUUGUUUUUUUUUUUUUUUAAUUUAGUACUUUGACAAAUCUGCAACAGAGAAGUAUAUAAUACAUUUAGGUUGUUAAUAUUUCAGUUCCCUUUAUGGAUCUUUAAUUAGCUCUGCUCUUAGGAGACUAUACUUCCUUCCUACCCUCAUAUUCCCCACAAAUCCUGUGCUUGCUCUUGAAUCAGAACAUACCAGUAUUGUUGGUGUCCUUAAAUGCCAUUUAUAUAAUAUUUCCCUUAAAUUAAACAUUACUAAGUGUCAUGUAUGUGUUAUAAAAUGCUCAAAAUAACCAAAUGAGAUAUACAGUAUCAUCCACAUUUUUCAGGUGAGCAAAUAAGUGAAAACGUCACACAUCUCACAGAUAAAAGAAAAUUAGAAUUGAGUCUCUGGUCAAUUCUAGUGUAGUGGUGUAUCCUGUAUUUAAGAAUGUGUUCAUUUUCAUGGUAUUCAGGCCUCCUAUAGGUCCUAGUUUCACAUUUCUCUCUUACACACACACACACACACACACACACACCUUAACCCCACCCAAUCCCACCCUCUCCUCCCCCAU